CAGCUCAACUAUUCAUUUUUCAGUUGGAAGAAGAAGACGUAAUAUCCGAUUCUUUUGUUGAUGAGAAACCCAGUCAAGAUGAAUGUAUUGUCAAUGUUUGGAUUGUUCCUGAUCUUCAGUCAAGGACACUCAAUCCAUCUCUCAUUUCCAAGUUUUCACGACUCUCUUCAGUGGCCUAGAUGGGAUCCAUUCGAUGAAAUCCUAGCAGAACCGUUUCUCCCAGGCUGUCGAUCUCAAACUACUCAGUGUGGACAUCGAGACAUAGUGGCCGUUCCUGCUUUGACAAAAAUUUCACAAGACGAAAGGAAAGUCAUUGUCAAGCUUCAAGUGCCUAGUUUCAAAAGAGAUAACAUACGAAUCAAGUCUUACAUCAAUGAACUAAGAGUCAGUGGAGAGAGAACUUGCUCCGGUGACGAGAGAUGCAACAAGAAAGUCUUCGACCAGAACGUUGUUCUACCUCACAAUGUAGACUUCAGCACAGCAAAGUCAUACAUGUCUGGAGACGGUUGGUUGAUUGUUAAGCUGUCAAAGACUAAGCCCGUUGAAAGGACGGUUCAUAUUGAAGAAAAUGAUGAAAAGGAAGAGGAUUCCAGUACACCGACACCAUGUGAAGGAUGUCAUGAUGGAUUAGAUGAUGACGAGGUUACAGUAGAAGUGGACGAGUCGUCACAACAGUUCUGUUCACAGACAUCACGAUCAAACGACUUGUAUGAUAUUGGAGUAUAGGAUAUGUAACAAUUAUUUGACUGAGAGUAGAUUAUAUUUUCAUUACAAUAAUGUAUUUACACUUAUACACUA